AUGAAGUAUGUUAUUCUGUUGGCCAUAUUUGCCGUGGCUAUUGCCCAGGAAGCCACCUAUAACAGCAGAUACGAUAACAUCGAUGUGGAGGAAAUUCUGAAAUCGGACCGGCUCUUUAAGAACUACAUCAACUGUCUGAUGGAUGCUGGGCCAUGUACUCCGGAAGGAACCGACCUGAAGAAGUACCUCCCCGAUGCCCUGGAAACUGGAUGUUCCAAGUGUACCGAGAAGCAGCGUGAUACUGGCAACAAGGUCAUCUCUUGGUUGAUCGAGAACCGUCCGGAAGAGUGGACCUCACUGAAAAACAAGUACGACCCGGAAAUCAAGCUGACCGAACGUUACCGUGAACUGGCUGCCAAAGCAGAAAUCUCUUUGUAG